UGUUUGGUCUCAGUGGGUCUGGACUCCAAAAACACGAUCUGUGUGUGGGACUGGAGGAGGGGCAAGGUGCUGGCAGCAGCUCCUGGCCACGCUGACAGGGUAAGUAUACUAUAGCAUCCUCCCCUCUCUGUCUCAGGCACCAGGCCCAGAUCAAUCUCCUCAUUUACUGUAGUUAUAAAUGCAGCCAGGAUGGAGCAGGAAGGAGCGGGAACCCAAAGGAGACGCACAUAAACAAGUUAGGCCUGAUUGAUCGUUAGCAUUCCAGACUCUGUCUGAAGAGAUGCUAAGCUAAUGAAAUUGAAUUUUAAAAAGAUGAUAUGUAUGCAGCUGUGUUCAUUUUUAUUCAACCAACAUACACACAAUGACUCACACAGAUACAGACAUACACACACUGCCACACCUUAAGUGUUUGUGUUAAGCCUUGUUUAAUGACGUUAAUUGAAGAUGACAUCAAAAGUGUUGUAAACGUAUUUGUUGCACAGUAUGUUUUGCAUUUAAUUGUACAUAGUUAAACUUACCAUGUGAUCUAUCCCACAGAUAUUUGAUAUAUCAUGGGACUUGUACCAGCCAAGCAAGCUUGUUAGCUGUGGUGUCAAACAUAUCAAGGUACUGUUUAAAUCAAGUUCAUACCUUACAAAGUGUGUUUGGAUCUGUAAUUGGUUGUAUGUUUAGCACACACAGAUACACUAUACAGUACCAGUCAAAAGUUUGGACACACCUACUCAUUCCAGUGGUUUUCUAUAUUUGUACUAUUUUCUACAUUGUAGAUUAAUAGUGAAGCCAUCAUAACUAUGAAAUAACACAUAUGUAAUCAUGUAGUAACCAAAAAACAAAUCAAAAUAUAUUUUAUAUGUGAGAUUCUUCAAAGUAGUCACCCUUUGCAUUGAUGACAGCUUUGCACACUCUUGGCAUUCUCUCAACCAGCUUCAUGAGGAAUGCUUUUCCAACAUUCUUGAAGGAGUUCCCACAUAUGCUGAGCACUUGUUGGCUGCUUUUCCUUCACUCUGUGGUCCAACUCAUCCCAAACCAUCUGAAUUGGGUUGAGGUCGUGUGAUUGUGGAGGCCAGGUCAUCUGAUGCAGCACUCCAUCACUCUCCUUGGUCAAAUAGCUCUUACACAGCCUGGGGGUGUGUUUUGGUUCAUUGUCCUGUUGAAAAACAAAUGAUAGUCCCACUAAGCGCAAACCAGAUGGGAUGGCGUAUCGCUGCAGAAUGCUGUGGUAGCCAUGCUGGUUAAGUGUGCCUUGAAUUCUAAAUAAAUCACUGACAGUGUCACCAGCAAAGCACCAUCACACCUCCUCCUCCAUGCUUCACGGUGGGAACAAUACAAGCGGAGAUCAUCCGUUCACCUACUCUGCGUCUCACAAAGACACGACAGUUGGAACCAAAAAUCUCAAAUUUGGACUCAUCAGACCAAAGGACAUAUUUCCACCGGUCUAAUGUCCAUUGCUCCUGUUUCUUGGCCAAAGCAAGUCUCUUCUUAUUAUUGGUGUCCUUUAGUAGUGGUUUCUUUGCAGCAAUUCUACCAUGAAGGCCUGAUUCACGCGGUCUCCUCUGAACAGUUGCGGUUGAGAUGUGUCUGUUACUUGAAUUCUGUGAAGUAUUAAUUUGGGCUGCAAUUUCUGAGGCUGGUAACUUAAUGAACUUAUCCUCUGCAGCAGAGGUAACUCUGGGUCUUCCUUUCCUGUGGCGGUCCUCAUGAGAGCUAGUUUCAUCAUAGCGCUUGAUGGUUUUUGCGACUGCACUUGAAGAAACUUUCAAAGUUCUUGAGAUUUUCCAGAUUCACUGACCUUCAUGUCUUAAAGUAAUGAUGGACUGUCUUUUGUCUUUGCUUAUUUGAGCUGUUCUUGCCAUAAUAUGGACUUGGUCUUUUAACAAAUAGGGCUAUCUUCUGUAUACCCUCCCUACCUUGUCACAACACAAGUUAUUGGCUCAAAAUAGGAAAUCAAUUCCACAAAUUAACUUUUAAGAAGGCACACCUGUUAAUUGAAAUGCAUUCCAGGUGACUACCUCAUGAAGCUGGUUGAGAGAAUGCCAAGAGUGUACAAAACUGUCAUCAAGGCAAAGGGUGGCUAUUUGAAGAAUCUCAAAUAUAAAAUAUAUUUUGAUUUGUUUAACACUUUUUUGGUUACUACAUGAUUCCAUAUGUGUUAUUUCAUAGUUUUGAUGCCUCCACUAUUAUUCUACAAUGUAAAAAAUAGUAAAAAUAAAGAAAACCCCUGGAAUGAGUAGGUGUGUCCAAACUUUUGACUGGUACUGUAUAUACAAAAGUAUGUGGACACUCCUUCAAAUUAGUGGAUUCGGCUAUUUCAGCCACAGGUGUAUCAAAUCAAGCACACAGCCAUGCAAUCUCCAUAGACAAACAUUGGCAGUAGAAUGGCCUCACUGAAGAGCUCAGUAACUUUCAACGUGGCACUGUCAUAGGAUGCCACCUUUCCAACAAGUCAGUUCGUCAAAUUUCUGCCCUGCUAGAGCUGCCCCGGUCAACUGUAAGUGCUGUUAUUGUGAAGUGGAAAACUGGUAAGCCACACAAGCUCACAGAACGGGACCACCGAGUGCUGAAGCGUGUAGCAUAAAAAUGGUCUGUCCUCGUUUGCAACACUCACUACCGAGUUCCAAACUGCCUCUGGAAGCAAUGUCAGCACAAUAACUGUUCGUCGGCAGCCUCAUGAAAUGGGUUUCCAUGGCCGAGCAGCCGCACACAAGCCUAAGAUCACCAUGCGCAAUGCCAAGCGUCGGCUGGAGUGGUGUAAAGCUUGCUGCCAUUGGACAAUGGAGCAGUGGAAACGCAUUCUCUGGAGUGAUGAAUCACGCUUCACCAUCUGGCAGUCUGAUGGACGAAUCUGGGUUUGGCGGAUGCCAGGAGAACGCUACCUGCCCCAAUGCAUAGUGCCAAUUGUAAAGUUUGGUGGAGGAGGAAUAAUGGUCUGGGACUGUUUUUCAUGAUUUGGGCUAGGCCCCUUAGUUCCAGUGAAGGGAAAUAUUAACGCUACAGCAUACAAUGACAUUCUAGACGAUUCUGUGCUUCCAAAUUUGUGGCAACAGUUUGGGGAAGGCCCUUUCCUGUUUCAGCAUGACAAUGCCCCCGUGCACAAGGCGAGGUCCAUACAGAAAUGGUUUGUCGAGAUCGGUGUGGAAGAACAUGACUGGCCAGCACAGAGCCCUGACCUCAACCCCAUCGAACACCUUUGGGAUGAAUUGGAACGCCUACUGCGAGCCAGGCCUAAUCGCCCAACAUCAGUGCCCAACCUCAGUAAUGCUCUUGUGGCUGAAUGGAAGCAAGUCCCUGCAGCAAUGUCCCAACAUCAAGUGGAAAGCUUUCCCAGAAGAGUGGAGUUUGUUAUAGCAGCAAAGGGGGGACCAACUCCAUAUUAAUGUUCAUGAUUUUGGAGUUAAAUAUUCAAUGAGCAGGUGUCCACAUACUUUUGGUCAUGUAGUAUACAGUGGGGAAAAAAAGUAUUUAGUCAGCCACCAAUUGUGCAAGUUCUCCCACUUAAAAAGAUGAGAGAGGCCUGUAAUUUUCAUCAUAGGUACACGUCAACUAUGACAGACAAAAUGAGGAAAAAAAAUCCAGAAAAUCACAUUGUAGGAUUUUUUAUGAAUUUAUUUGCAAAUUAUGGUGGAAAAUAAGUAUUUGGUCAAUAACAAAAGUUUCUCAAUACUUUGUUAUAUACCCUUUGUUGGCAAUGACACAGGUCAAACGUUUUCUGUAAGUCUUCACAAGGUUUUCACACACUGUUGCUGGUAUUUUGGCCCAUUCCUCCAUGCAGAUCUCCUCUAGAGCAGUGAUGUUUUGGGGCUGUCGCUGGGCAACACGGACUUUCAACUCCUUCCAAAGAUUUUCUAUGGUGUUGAGAUCUGGAGACUGGCUAGGCCACUCCAGGACCUUGAAAUGCUUCUUACAAAGCCACUCCUUCGUUGCCCGGGCGGUGUGUUUGGGAUCAUUGUCAUGCUGAAAGACCCAGCCACGUUUCAUCUUCAAUGCCCUUGCUGAUGGAAGGAGGUUUUCACUCAAAAUCACAUGAUACAUGGCCCCAUUCAUUCUUUCCUUUACACGGAUCAGUCGUCCUGGUCCCUUUGCAGAAAAACAGCCCCAAAGCAUGAUGUUUCCACCCCCAUGCUUCACAGUAGGUAUGGUGUUCUUUGGAUGCAACUCAGCAUUCUUUGUCCUCCAAACACGACAAGUUCUCUUUUGGUUUCAUCUGACCAUAUGACAUAUGACAUUCUCCCAAUCCUCUUCUGGAUCAUCCAAAUGCACUCUAGCAAACUUCAGACGGGCCUGGACAUGUACUGGCUUAAGCAGGGGGACACGUCUGGCACUGCAGGAUUUGAGUCCCUGGCGGCGUAGUGUGUUACUGAUGGUAGGCUUUGUUACUUUGGUCCCAGCUCUCUGCAGGUCAUUCACUAGGUCCCCCCGUGUGGUUCAGGGAUUUUUGCUCACCAUUCUUGUGAUCAUUUUGACCCCACGGGGUGAGAUCUUGCGUGGAGCCCCAGAUCGAGGGAGAUUAUCAGUGGUCUUGUAUGUCUUCCAUUUCCUAAUAAUUGCUCCCACAGUUGAUUUCUUCAAACCAAGCUGCUUACCUAUUGCAGAUUCAGUCUUCCCAGCCUGGUGCAGGUCUACGAUUUUGUUUCUGGUGUCCUUUGUCAGCUCUUUGGUCUUGGCCAUUGUGGAGUUUGGAGUGUGACUGUUUGAGGUUGUGGACAGGUGUCUUUUAUACUGACAGUCCGGUGCCAUAACAUGUGGAAAGCCUCUUAAUAAUUGGUCUAUAGAGCCAGUGACCAACUCCAGAAUUUGUCAUUGAUUUUGGAGUGUGAACCUAUGAUGAAAGGUAUCCAGAACUUGCCAUGUGCUAUAUUGUCCCAUAUGUUGUCUAAUGUAGUACAUAACCAGUCUGCUUUUGAAAAGGUGUGAUGUCUUGUGUCUUAUUUACAUAAUGUUUUCAGAAAGUUCCGCAGAGAAUUUAAUGGUAAUGCACUCCUUUUCUCUCUGUCUUCUUUGCUUUAUCGCUGUGAUCAUAUCAAAGCCCUAAGUGAUAUAUGCAAAUUACUUUUAUUCUGGAGUUUAUGACUAUUAAUCCAUAACAUCAGUAGGACAGGCAAUGACUCAUAGAAAUCUAUUUUUUCAUGUUAAUCUCUAUUAAUGUGGACUGCAGAGGAGGAACAAUUUCUUAUUUUUAAAGGAGAAUUCAGCAUUUUUCCCUUUCAGUUCUUCACAUUCAGCUUUACAUUUCUCUAUACAAACUACUGUCUUCAAUGAAGCACUCAUAUCUCUGCAAAGCCUUGUAUUAGAUUCAUGGUGUUCCACUUAAAUGGUCAUUAAACACUACUCCCCAAAUGAAAUUUUGACCAAAUUGUUGUCUUGAGAGAGAGAUAUAUCACAGGGAACUUCUGUUUUCAUAGGAUACUUUUCAUUUAGUUGAGUGUGCUUCUGUGUGUGAUUGUGUGUUUAUCAUUGGGAUAGGAAUUGAUCUACAGUUGAAGUUAACAUACACCUUAGCCAAAUACAUUUAAACUCAGUUUUUCACAAUUCCUGACAUUUAAUCCUAGUAUAAAUUCCCUGUCUUAGGUCAGUUAGGAUCACCACUUUAUUUUUGAGAAUGUGAAAUGUCAGAAUAAUAGUAGAGAUAAUGAUUUCUUUCAGCUUUUAUUUCUUUCAUCACAUUUCCAAUGGGUCAGACGUUGAUAUACUCAAUUAGUAUUUGGUAGCAUUGCCUUUAAAAUGUUUAACUUGGGUCAAACGUUUCGGGUAGCCUUCCACAAGCUUCCCACAAUAAGUUGGGUGAAUUUUGGCCCAUUCCUCUUGACAGAGCUGGUGUAACUGAGUCACGUUUGUAGGCCUCCUUGCUCGCAGACGCUUUUUCAGUUCUGCCAACAAAUGUUCUAUAGGAUUGAGGUCAGGGCUUUGUGAUGGCCACUCCAAUACCUUGACUUUGUUGUCCUUAAGCCAUUUUGCCACAACUUUGGAAGUAUGCUUGGGGUCAUUGUCCAUUUGGAAGACCCAUUUGCGACCAAGCUUUAACUUCCUGACUGAUGUCUUGAGAUGUUGCUUCAAUAUAUCCACAUAAUUUUCCUUCCUCAUGAUGCCAUCUAUUUUGUGAAGUGCACCAGUCCCUCCUGCAGCAAAGCAUGAUGCUGCCACCCCCGUGCUUCACGGUUGGGAUGGUGUUCUUCGGCUUGCAAGCUACCCCCCUGUUCCUCCAAACAUAAAGAUUAUGGCUAAACAGUUCUAUUUUUGUUUCAUCAGACCAGAGGAUAGUUCUCCAAAAAGUACGAUCUUUGUCCCCAUGUGCAGUUGCAAACCGUAGUCAGGCUUUUUUAUGGCGGUUUUGGAGCAGUGGCUUCUUCCUUGCUGAGCGGCCUUUCAGGUUAUGUCAAUAUAGGACUCGUUUUACUGUGGAUAUUGAUACUUUUGUACUUCUCCAACCUAAGUGUAUGUAAACUUCCGACUUCAACUGUAUCUACCUUAUCUGUAAUAUGGAGGUACUAUCCUCCUUGACAUAGGUUUAGUAUUUCUCAGGGGACAUGGAUCUCAAUGAUGACUCUCCAUCCUAUUUGCCCUGCCUGUUGUCUCCCCCACCCCCCACCCCCAUCCCUCAUGAUAAUACCCCUACUCUCCCACAACCCCACUGCAGCGAACCAAUCCCCCCUCUCUCUCUCUCUCUCUCUCUCUCUCUGUCUCUCUCUCUCUCGCUUUCUCUCCCUCUCUCCCUCCCUCUCGCUCUUUCUCCCUUUCCAUGUCUAUCUCUCUCUUUGUCUUUCUCUCUCUCUCUUUCUAUCGCAUGAUGCCAAGGCAAUCCAGCAAUCGCCCCACAUAAUUCCCGAGCCUUUACCCUGCGGACCAUGUGACAUCUGCUCCCCAGCCCUGUGCUCACUCAGCGAUUAUAGCACUCAAUGCAUCCAGGAGAUUUAGCCCCAAUAAUCCCCUCACUACAGUCCCAGAAAAACACAGUCUCUGGGACUGUCUGCCGCCCCCACCUCCACACAAAAGACAAGAGGGAAGCAAGAGGAUCCACCAUUAGCUAAAAUCCUUUUGCGAUCAGAAGGUCAUUUGAUUUGGCUUUGACUGUGACAUUUGCUUAGCAGCCAUGUGCCUGGGACUUGCAGACACGCACGCGUCUGGCUGUUCAAUGAUUAGUUGUCCCCCACGAUUAAGUCGGGGAGGGGACUGUGGAUCUGUCUCCGUCCGUUGGUACAUUAGUACGUUCGUACGUUAGUCACACGCGAUAUCUCAGACAGCACUGGCCCAAUUUUGACAAAACUUGGGUGAAUGAUGUGUCUUGCCAUAGAGAUCUGGCAUUUACACAAUUACACUGAUUGGCCAGAUGGUGGCGCUAUAACAAUAUAUUUAAAAAUCUUACUUUGAAAGAUCUCGCCCCUCACCCCGUUUGACCUAAAGUCAUGAAAUUCGGUACAUAGGUCACUCGCCUCACAAGGAACACAUUUGCCUCAGGGACCCAUAAGGUCCGCCAUGAUGGAAUUUCCGCCAUUUAGAAUUUUGUGAAGAACACUUAAAACGCUACUUUUCUGGCACAAAUCUUGAUAUGUGGCAUCUAUGGACAAAGGUCUCUCAACGCAAUAUUUUCCAGACUAGUACCUAAAACAUGGUUGCCAUUGACCAAUAAACAUUCAUGUGGGUGUGGUCUGGCACAUAAAUGCAUAUAAAUCAGUCAAGGAUAUUUGUAUUGUAACAUACAUUUGUACAUAUGUUGCAAACACUGCCAAGACUCAGCAUAUGCAAGAACAUUCAUAUUGACCACACAGUGGCGCUAUAACGGGCACAUGUUUAUAUCUCUUCAUCUGUUUGACUCAGAGUGAUGAAAUGUGGUACACAUGUUCAGGGAUAUUAGUCUAGCUAACGUACACAAUAUCUCAUACACCACUGUCCCGAUUUUGGCAAAACUUGGGUGAAUGAUGCGUCUUGUCAUAGAGACAAAAUUACACUAAUUGGCCCAAGGGGAGCGCUAUAGUAAUCAACUGUACGUACAUUAGUCACACGCGAUAUCUCAGACACCACUGGCCCAAUUUUGGCAUUUGUGGGGGACGACGUUUACUGUUGCCUUGAUUAAGGAGAUCCUGCCGUGUGUCUAUCACCCUUAGCGCUCUGUUCGACCUUCACGUAGGUGGCACCCAAUGUGCACAUAUAUACGCUCAACCACACUAACACACAUUCUGUGCUGAGCUGUUAGGGAGAUCUUGAUAUUUUGAGGAUGUAGACAGGCAGACAAGAGAGGCAGACAUGCAAACAGGGAUGCUUAAGCUGUAGGGUGGGAUGAUUUCAAAGCCUCCUCCGGCAGGACCCUGACACAAGUCAGUCAGCAAGUAUCCUUACACUGCGUCAGUCAGUCAUUGCUGUAAAAUGGAGAAUAAGCCAGUCAGUCAAUCAGUUCCGUAAUGCUCAGUCAAGCCGUCAGUGCCAUGACAUUGAGAGUCACUGUAGUGGUUAUGAGCGGCAAGCAGAGAGGGGGAAUGGUGUGGUGAGGAGGGGGAGUUGGUGCCUGCCUGCCCUGGCUGAUGAAUUACACCCUCUCCACUUUGCUUACAUUAAAAGGUUUUCCCUUGAGAAGCGGUGUAGGAAGGUGGCCAUGUUACUGAUUGACUGACAUUCUGCAGAUCCUAGGCUGGCACACUUAGCUAGAGCAUCCCUCUCUCUUUCCCCUUCAUCUUCUUUAUGACUCACUGUGGCCAGCCUGAGUCUUGGCUGGGGAGGAUGUCUGGUCUUGCUGCUAUCUCUGCUUUUAAAGAGAGUGGUUUUACUUGUUAUUCUGUAGCAGAAUUGAAGUGUUCCACUACGCUGUCGCUACAGCUCUCUCUCACUCACACUUUCGCUCACUAGCUCACUCACUCACUCACUCUCUCUCUCUCUCUCUCUUUCUUUUUUUCUUUCUUUCUUUCUUUCUUUCUUUCUUUCUUUCUUUCUUUCUUUCUUUCUUUCUUUCUUUCUUUCUUUCUUUCUUUCUUUCUUUCUUUCUUUCUUUCUUUCUUUCUUUCUUUCUUUCUUUCUUUCUUUCUUUCUUUCUCUCUCUCUCUCCCUUUGUUCUCAUUAUAAACCCUCCAGCCUCUCGUCUCCUCUCAGCAGUAAUUUAGAGCAGUGAGGGGAUUAGCCGUUGCCCGCGUAUCCCUGUCUUAUCAGACCCAGGCAGGCAGGGCCACCCAGGCGCCCACUCAUGCUGCCUCCAUUCCCACUGCCUGCCUCCACAACAGGCUGAGGCUGGGACACAAAGCCCUGCCGAGAUCCACUGAGUGCCACCAUUACGGCUACACAACUCAACACGACCUGCCCUCACGCCAAGUACCCGCUCUCACGCCAAGUACCCGCUCUCACGCCAAGUACCCGCUCUCUUUUCCUGUACACUACUUUCUGGUUUUACUUCCUCAGCAGGAUUAAGAACAUCCUCCCCUGUGGUGUCCCAGGUCCUCAGACGCUCAGGGGUGGGACAGUGGGACAGUGGGACAGUGGGACAUUGGGGCUGUGUAGUGGAGAUGAUGAUGUUGGCCUGUGAUAAUUGAUCCCUCCUGUUAAUACAUUGGCCCUCUCUCCCUCCACGGCAAAGUGUUAGUGAUGCUCUCACUGGCUGGGCUGAUACCAGAGCUCAUCCCUGGCUCCUAUCUUAGCUCUGCAGACGUACAGCUCUCUUCUCGUCUGAUACGUAGUACACACUAUACUGCACUUAGCGCCCUCUGUGGAGGAUAGUGCUACUAUCUACAUCAGACUCAAAGGUUGUUUGGAAUUUGGUUUACUUAAAGCCUGCAUGUAUAAUGCAUCAUGAUUACACCUAUAGGCAUUUUACAGUUGAACAGAGAUCCAGGCUCUAGCUAAAGCUAGGGGGAUAAAUAUUGAGAUGAGAGACAGUCAGGAAAUGAGAAAGCCUGUCAUGUUCCAGCUGCUCCCUUUGACGAGUGCAUCUCUCUGUGUGCUCUGUCACGUGCCACGGUGCCAGUGUCUGGGCAUGGGAAACACAACACACACUCAACUAUUUCCUUUGAUCUCCUCGUCAUGCAGACAGAGCGGCUCUCCGCUUUAUGGACUUUGUCCGCGGUCUGGAAUGUGCCCGUGCAUCCCAAUGACCUUGUUCAUAGACCAGGGGGUCUUGUUGAUCGUGACGGUGGUGUGGACUGGGUGAUGGUGAUACUGCUGGCAGGGUGUGUCGUGCAGUGAUCCUGACUAAGCUAUGCCUCAGCAGGGUUCACGAUGUGGACUUGGUGAGGGAUUUAGAUUUACAUGAUUGGGGUGGUGUCUGGGGGGAUUAAAUUGAGAUGUUAAUGCAAAGACCAACGGUGAAGCCAUGUUGUUUCUCAUUUGUACACUUUGGACUGUUACUUUACUUUAAUAUAGUUUUUACAAUAACACAUUUAAAUGACCUUGUUCCAUGUAGAUAAGUUUUAAUUAGAUCAAUUGAUCCAGGGCAGGAGAGUGGUUGAUUUCAUUUAUUAACCACCACAUUAAACUCAGUCUUCUCUCCUGUCGCCCCUGUUUGUUUCUGGGUUCAGUUUUGGAGCUUAUGUGGCAACGCCCUGACCCCUAAGCGAGGAGUUUUUGGCAAAACGGGAGAUCUCCAAACUAUCCUCUGCCUGGCCUGUGCCAGAGAUGAGGUCACAUAUUCAGGUACCUUGAACGGUGACAUCUACGUCUGGAAGGGCAUCAACCUGAUCCGGACAGUCCAAGGAGCCCAUGGAGUAAGUGUGUGUGGUUGUUGUUUCUAACUUCUAAUCAGCUUAAUUCUGCCUCACUUCCUGGUGGUGUCUCUUGUUUAUGUGUCACCCCUGUCAGUAGUGGGCUGUAGUUUGAGGAAUGCUAAGCAGCAGACUCUUUUCAAAUCAAAAGAUGUCAUGCUAUGCAGCUCAGGCUUGCAUUCCCCUACAGCCCCCACAUGUCUGCCACAGGCCUGCUUUCACAUUCAGACACAAAACUCACUCAAUCACAAUGCCUGCCUACCUACACCCACCUUAGUGCUAUCGUUAGAGGAUGAUAAAACACAUCAUCAUCCAUGUCCAACUCACCCACCUACGACUGAACAACUCCUCCAUCCAUAGAGCUUGGUUUAUUUCGCCUGAUGCAAGCGUACAAGAGGACAUGUUUAGCAGGGUGACGCCAUGUCAUGUAGCCCCUGUGGCUCUACUUCCACAGCAGGCGGCCCCCGGAGCGUGCCAAUAAAAAAGGAAAAAAACAAUGGUUCAAACGCUUUAUGUAAUGCACCGUUGUGUUAUCUCUUCAGGCAGCAGCUAGUUUUUAAUUGUGAAAGUCUUGUUAGACUAUGUAUCUGCUGCAGCAGGGCUGUUACUAGCUGCUGUACCGCUGGUCUGUCUUGUUCAUUUAUGGUGCACAUCCCCACUGACAGACUGUCAUUUCUUCCAGUCAGGGAUUUUCAGCAUGAAUGCCUGUGAGGAGGGCUUUGCCACUGGGGGCCGGGACGGCUGCGUCCGACUAUGGGAUCUCAACUUCAAACCAAUUACUGUCAUCGAUCUCAGGGAAACAGACCAGGGAUAUAAAGGUGACAUACAACUCCCCCAUCUACUCUUCUCUACCCCACACAGAGCCAGUCCACAGGAUGCCAAUGUGCACUGAGUCGUUAAAUUAACCAGUGUGUUCUUCUCAUGUUGUUUGAUAGUACAGGCCUUUUGUAUACCGGUAGACCCUUUUCUAUUAAAUCUACAGGAACUAUUCUAGGGAAUGAUAGUUGUUUCAUUUCUUCUUUCUUUCGUUUGAUUUGUGGUCUUGGGCCUAACAGUAGCUAGAGGUGAAAAUAGCAGAGGUGGUUAACUGUGAGCAGGGCCCUGUACAGUCAGAGAACUACCUCUGUCCUUAUGUGCAUGAAAGCUCAUCUAUUGUAUUGUUCCAUUCCCCUUAUUGGUUAUUCAGCCACUCUGUGUGUGGGUGUCUGUCUGCAUUUUUUAAAUCCAUUAACUGUUUGUGCAUGUGUGUGUUGACAGGGUUGUCAGUGCGCAGCGUGUGUUGGCGCGGAGAUCACAUCUUGGUGGGCACCCAGGACAGUGAGAUCUUUGAGGUGGUGGUCCACGAUCGCACCAAGCCCUUCCUCAUCAUGCAGGGUCACUGUGAGGGGGAGCUGUGGGCGCUGGCGGUGCACCCCACCAAGCCCCUGGCCAUGACCGGCAGCGAUGACCGUUCAGUCAGGUGGGUGACCAAGUACAACCACUGUCAAACCCUAGGAUUAGUUUAUGCUCAUUAUAACCACAGUAUCCCACCCACAAAUGCAGUUACUGAAAUGAUCUGGUGUGUCCAAAGCAAUGUAUACAUACAGGUACACAUAUUCAGGUACUUAUAUGGUUCAUGAAGGAAUUGGACCCACAUGACCACUUGCAAAGCUGUCUCUGUCUCUGUCUCUGUCUCUGUCUCUGUCUCUCCCUCUGUCUCUCCCUCUGUCUCUGUCUCUCCCUGUCUCUGUCUGUCUCUCCCUGUCUCUGUCUGUCUCUCCCUGUCUCUGUCUCUGUCUCUGUCUCUGUCUCUCCCUCUGUCUCUCCCUCUCCCUCUGUCUCUGUCUCUGUCUCUGUCUCUGUCUCUCUCUCCCUCUGUAUCUCCCUCUGUCUCUGUCUCUGUCUCUGUUUCUCUCUCCCUCUCCCUCUCCCUCUCCCUCUGUCUCUGCCUCUCCCUCUCUGUCUCUGUCUCUGUCUCUAUCUCUGUCUCUGUCUCUGUCUCUGUCUCUCCCUCUGUCUCUGUCUCUAUUUCUCCCUCCGUCUCUGUCUCUCCCUCCAUCUCUGUCUCUGUCCCUCCCUCUCCCUCUGUCUCUGUCUCUCCCUCCACCUGUCUCUGUCUCUGUCCUGUCUCUGUCUCUGUCUCUGUCUCUGUCUCUCCCUCCACCUGUCUCUGUCUCUGUCUCUCCCUCUGUCUCUCCCUCUGUCUCUCCCUCUGUCUCUCCCUCUGUCUCUCCCUCUCCCUCUGUCUCUGUCUCUGUCUCCCUCUGUCUCUGUCUCUGUCUCUACCCCUCUGUCUCUGUCUCUGUCUCUCCCUCUGUCUCUGUCUCUGUCUCUGUCUCUCCCUCUGUCUCUCCCUCUGUCUCUCCCUCUGUAUCUCCCUCUCCCUCUGUAUCUCCCUCUGUCUCUGUCUCUGUCUCUGUCUCUGUCUCUGUCUCUGUCUCUCCUCUGUCUCGUCUCUGUCUCUGUCUCUGUCUCUCCCUCUGUCUCUCCCUCUGUCUCUCCCUCUGUAUCUCCUCUCUCCUCUGUCUCUCCUCUCGUCUCUCCCUCUGCUCUUCUCUCUCUGUCUCUCCUCUCUGUCUCCCCUCUGUUCUCUGUCUCUCCCUCUGUCUCUCCCUCUGUUCUCUCCCUCUGUCUCUCCCUCUGUCUCUCCUCUGUCUCUGUCCCUCCCUCUGUCUCCUUGUCUCCCUCUCCCUCUGUCUCUGUCUCUUCCUCUCUGUCUCUCGCCUCUGUCCCUCCCUCUUCUGUCCUCUCCUGUCUCUCCCUCCUGUCUCUGUCUCUUCUCUCUCUCUGUCUCCUCUGUCUCUGUCUCUGUCCCUCCCUCUGUUCUCUCCUCUGUCCUCUCCCUCUGUUCUCUGUCUCUCCCUCUUGUCUCUGUCCUCUGUCUCCUCUGUCUCUGUCUCUGUCUCUGUCUCUCUCUCUGUUCUCUCUCUCUCUCGUCUCUGUUGUUGUCUCUCUCCUCUGUCUCUCCUCUCUCCCUCCUGCUCUCCUCUGUUCUCUCUUCUCUGUCUCUGUCUCUGUUCUUGUCUCUCUCUCCUCUGUCUCGUCCUUGUCUCUCCUCGUCUCUGUCUCCUGUCUCUCUGUCUCUUCUCUGUCUCUCCUUUCUCUGUCUCUUGUCUCUCCCUCUGUCUCUGUCUCUAUCUCCUCCUCGUUCUGUCUCUGUCUCUGUCUCUCCCUCGUCUGUUCUGUUUCUGUCUCUCCUCUCCUCCUGUCUCUGUCCUCUGUCCCUCCCUUCUCCGUCUGUCCUCUGUCUCUCCCUCCUCUGUCUCUGUCUCUUCCCUCUGUCUCUUCUCCUGUCUCUCCUCUGUCUCUCCUCGUCCUCUCUGUCUCCUCUGUCUCUGUCUCCUCUUCUCCCUUCUUCGUCUCUUCUCCCUCUGUCUCUCUCGUUCUCUUCUCUGUCUCCCUCUGUCCUCUGUCUCUGUCUUCUCUGUCUCUGUCUCUGUCUUCUUCUCUGUCUCUCCUCUGUCUCUCCCUCUGUCUCUCCCUCUGUCUCUCCCUCUGUCUCUCCCUCUGUAUCUCCCUCUCCCUCUGUCUCUCCCUCUGUAUCUCCCUCUGUCUCUGUCUCUGUCUCUGUCUCUGUCUCUCCCUCUGUCUCUGUCUCUGUCUCUGUCUCUCCCUCGUCUCUCCCUCUGUCUCUCCCUCUGUCUCUCCCUCUGUCUCUGUCUCUGUCCCUCCCUCUGUCUCUGUCCCUCCCUCUGUCUCUGUCUCUCCCUCUGUCUCUCCCUCUGUCCCUCCCUCUGUCCCUCCCUCUCCCUCUGUCUCUGUCUCUCCCUCUGUCUCUGUCUCUGUCUCUGUCUCUGUCUCUGUCUCUCCCUCUGUCUCUGUCUCUGUCUCUGUCUCUGUCUCUGUCUCUGUCUCUGUCUCUGUCUCUCCCUCUGUCUCUCCCUCUGUCUCUCCCUCUGUCUCUGUCCCUCCCUCUCCCUCUCCCUCUGUCCCUCCCUCUCCCUCUGUCUCUGUCUCUCCCUCUGUCCUCUGUCUCUGUCUCUGUCUCUGUCUCUGUCUCUCCCUCUGUCUCUCCCUCUGUCUCUCCCUCUGUCUCUCCCUCUGUCUCUCCCUCUGUCUUCCUCCCUCUGUCUCUGUCCUCCCUCUCCCUCUGUCCUCCUCUGUCUCUGUCUCUGUCUCUGUCUCUGUCUCUGUCUCUGUCCGUUCUGUCUCUCCUCUCUGUCUCUCCCUCUGUCUCUCCUCGUCUCUGUCCCUCCUUCUCUCCUCUGUCUCUUCUUGUCCGUCUUCCUCUGUCCGUCUGCUCUUCUGUCUCUGUCUUCCUCUGUCUAUCCUCUGUUCCCUCUGCUCUGUCCCUCCUCUCGUCUCUGUCUCCUUGUCUUCUUGCUUCUGUUGUCUCUGUUUCUUUUUUCUUGUCUCUCGUUUGUCUUCUUUUCGCUGUCUUUUUCCCUUUUCCUCGUAUUUCUGUCCUUGUCUUGCUUGCCUUCUUGCUCCUCUCCUACUGCCUGUCCCUGUCUGUCUGUCUGCGCUGUUCGCCCAGUCCUCCUUGCCCUUGCUCUCCCUGUCUCGUCCACCACUGUUCUGUCCUCCUUGUACUAGUUCUCCGUUGUUUGCAUUCCGUUCCUCUAUCUCUCACUCUGUUAUUGUGUUUUUGUCUGUAGAAUAUGGAGCCUUAUAGAUCAUGCACUGAUAGCUCGCUGUAAUAUGGAGGAGCCUAUCCGCUGUGCAGCUGUGAGCACGGACGGCAUUCAUCUGGCGCUGGGCAUGAAGGACGGCUCCUUCACCGUCCUACGGGUCAGGUGAGUACAGGGCAGAGAUCAAAGCGCACAUCUGAUUCUUUCUGAUUAGCUUGGUAUGAACUUCAUGUUAACUUCCUUUUUUUUGCAAUUUCAUUACUCAUGAACAAUAUGACAAGUUAGUGGAUGCAUGGAUACUCAAUUUGAUUAGAGGAUGGUUGUUUUUUUAUUGAAAGAAUAUAGUGAAUGACCUUUCCAGUAACGUCCUCCCUCUCAACAGAGAUAUGACAGAGGUGGUCCACAUCAAAGACAGGAAGGAGGCCAUCCAUGAGCUGAAGUACUCUCCUGACGGAGCUCACCUGGCCGUGGGAUCCAAUGAUAACUCUGUAGACAUCUACGGCGUGGUGCAGAGGUACAAGAAGGUGGGAGAGUGCAUUGGCUCCACUAGCUUCAUCACACACAUGGACUGGUCCACAGACAGCAAGUAUCUGCAGACCAAUGACGGCAACGGAAAGAGGCUCUUCUACAGGAUGCCAAGUAAGUCUGACGAUUAGACGUCUCGGCAUGCAGAUAAAUGACACUGUGAAGAGCCUUAUUCUCUAUGGGAAGGAAAGUGCACCGGCUAAGACAGGAUAUCUCUUGUGUCAUUUCUACACUGUUAUUAAUUAUAUUUAACUGCUAUAUGUGUCAUGUAUGACUUGUUGUAACUAUAGUGACAUAUGGCUAGGGCUGUGACGAUUGUGUAAUUUUGGGUAACGAUUAAUUGUCAUGCAAAUGGCCACGGUUAUUGUCAUAACUGUCAUUUUUGUUUAAUUUAUUUUGAACUUGUAAAGCAUCAUAAUGCAUCUUUGAAAAUUAGCUACGACAUAUAACGCAGCCUUGGUGACACCCCUGGCUCAAAAACAAAUGGUUUUGACUGCUUGGAACUUUUGGAAAUGAAGCUUCUCCUCUCGACUGUGCCGUCCUGCUUGUAAAAUGAUGACCAACUUUACCCACCAUGUAAAAAUGUUAAACUGCAAUUGAGUAAACUACUGUAUAUCUACUUAAAAAUAAAGUUGAAUCCCCUCCCCCUCCUAAAAUGAAUGUGUUAAGACGAUUAUGACGAUCAUUCUUUUUAGUUUGGUUAUUAUAGGAUAAUUGUGCCAGCCCUACAUAUGGCCAUGACACAACAUUGUCAUGAUGACUAAUGUGCUGCUAAUUUGAUGUUUUAGUUGCACAUGAUAGAGUUAUUAUUGUCUUUCUACUCAGGCGGUAAAGAGAUCACCAACAGGGAAGAGCUGAAGCUGGUGCAGUGGUCCUCGUGGACGUGUGUGUUGGGCCCAGAGGUCAACGGAAUAUGGCCCAAAUACUCAGAGAUCAAUGACAUCAACUCUGUUGACGCCAACUUUAAUAAUCAAGUUUUAGUAACAGCAGAUGAUUAUGGAUUAGUGAAGCUUUUACGGUACCCGUGUGUAAGAAAAGGUAAGGAUUUCCAUUGGUUUCUCUAUUCAUUGAUGUGAUGUUGUCAGUUCAUGCAUUCACAAAUUAACCUAAAACUACUCUUCUCUCUAUCCCAGGUGCAAAGUUUAAAAAGUAUUUAGGUCACUCUGCCCAUAUAACCAAUGCCAGGUGGUCACAUGACUACCAGUGGGUGAUAACCAUUGGUGGAGCUGACCACUCAGUGUUCCAGUGGAAGUUUGUCACUGACAGAAAGUCGAAAGAAGCUCUUCACAUAGCACCUCAAGGUACAUCACUGUCCCAUUUCUAUUACUGCCCCAUUCUAUUCUAUAACAUCACCCCUGCUAAAUGUGAAUAUGACUCCGAAGUGCAGAGAAGUCUAGUAGACUCUGUGACCCUUCCCCUUGAAUGGUGUUCCUUAUCCCAGUUAAAAGCUUUCUACAUCAGGUCAUAGAUCCACAAGAUCACAUUUGAAGUGACACUAGCUGGAAGAGCACUUUCUUGUUUGUGUACAGCUCCUACGACCUUGACCUCAUUUGUAAGUAAUGUUUCUCAACUAAAUGGUCUCAGACAGAGCUGUGCUGCGCUUUGUGAAAUGAAACAACAUACUAACUGCCAUUCCAUUUAAUUUUCCUAAUGGACCAGCAAGUAGCAGCCUAGCAGUGCCAGGGCUACUCACUGCCUGGUCUUGGCACGGCCAACCGAGUUUCUCUGCAUCAGCAUUUUUAUGUCUCAGUCUGAGUAAUAGGGCUGCUCAACGGGGCAAGCAGUCCACCACUUAAGUCUUUUUAAAGGCUUGCUUGAUGAAUAUGAGAUGUCAUCUUUACCCAGCAAACUAUUGUUCUGUGAUCCACUUUGGUGUUGGCUAAAAUGGGACUCAAUACUGGUUGUCUGCUAGUUAUGGAUUAGUGUGUUUUUAACUCUAUUCAACAGACUGAUGUGGGAGCAGCUGGGUGGUAGAAUAGAUCUGAUGUGGGAGCAGCUGGGUGGUAGAAUAGAUCUGAUGUGGGAGCAGCUGGGUGGUAGAAUAGAUCUGAUGUGGGAGCAGCUGGGUGGUAGAAUAGAUCUGAUGUGGGAGCAGCUGGGUGGUAGAAUAGAUCUGAUGUAGUCGUCUUCUUCUCUCCCACAGAGACGUUGGGCGACUCCAACAGUGAGGAGUCGGACUCGGACCAGUCGGACGUGCCUGAGAUGGACUCAGAGAUCGAGCAGGAGACACAGCUCACGUAUCGGCGGCAGGUUAGUGACACAAAGACUCCCGAGUGGCGCAGUGGUCUAAGGCACUGUGUCGCAGUGCUUGAGGCGUCACUACAGACCUGGGUUCAAUCCCAGGCUGUGUCACAGCCGACCGUGACCGGGAGACCCAUGAGGCGGCGCACCAUUGGCCCAGCGUCGUCCGGGUUAAGGGAGGGUUUGGCCGGCCAGGAUUCCUUGUCCCAUCGCGCUCUAGCGACUCCUUGUGGCGGGCCGGGCUCCUGCAAGCUGACUCCGGUCGCCAGCUGGACGGUGUUUCCUCCGACACAUUGGUGCGGCUGGCUUCCGGGUUAAGUGAGCAGUGUGUCAAGAAGCAGUGCAGCUUGGCAGGGUCGUGUUUCGGAGUACGCAUGGCUCUCGACCUUCGCCUCUCCCGAGUCCGUAGAGGAGUUGCAGCGAUGGGACAAGACUGUAACUACCAAUUGGGGAGAAAAAGGGGUAAAAUUACAAAUAAAUAUAUAUAUUUUUUAAAGGUUAGUGACACAACACCUGCUCUCCUCUCAGAUGGCUUUGCCUUUGAAAAGGACACAUUAUGAAAAACAACUGAUAUUACAUUGAAUAAAAACCUUAACAGAUUCUUUAUAUUGUAUUUCCAUGUCCAGGUUUACAAAGAAGAUCUACCUCAGCUCAAAGAGCAGUCCAAGGAGAAGCACUGUGUGAUGGCCAUGAAGAAGAGGGAGAGAGCACCAGGGAGCGGGUUGAAGCUACACUUCAUCCAUGGGUUAGGAGACCUCCGGCAGCACCACAUACCAUUAAACGUCACACAAACAAUAGAUAGAUUCUGAAUGAUAUUAAUUAAUCAUUAUUAUUUAUAUUAAUAAUUGUUCCCUGUGUUGUUCUGCUCCAGCUACAGAGGCUACGACUGCAGGAGCAACCUGUUCUACACCCAGACAGGGGAGAUAGUCUACCACGUGGCGGCCGUGGGGGUGGUGUACAACCGACAGCAGAACACCCAGCGCUUCUACAUGGGCCAUGACGACGACAUCCUGUGCCUGGCCAUCCACCCCCUCAAGGACUAUGUAGCAACAGGCCAAGUAGGUAGCACUGCUAACAAUGAAAUAUUCAGAGACAGGGAUAGAGUAGCUACCCCCCUCAGGGCCUAAGGGUAGAGAGGCUGACCUCUGAGGAUACCUUUGAGAGCUGGAGGCUCAUAUGCUUAUGGUGCAAAGUAACCAAAGAUGAUUUCUUACUGCCAAGACUGUGCUUAAACUAUUGCAUUGCCAUGAGUGGGUGUGGAAGUUGCUGUGGAUGAGUGGAAGCAUUAUAUGGAAGCUAAUUGUUUCUUCUGUCUGUCCAGGUGGGGCGAGACUCUUCCAUCCACAUAUGGGACACAGAGAUUCUGAAACCCAUGUCUGUGUUGAAAGGAUUCCACCAGCUGGGUGUGUGUGCCUUGGACUUCUCAGGUAAUACCCCAGGGCUGUUUACAGAUGCUUUCCAUACACUCUCCAGAUAAUGUAACACAUUGAACACAACAACGACCAAUUUUUGCUUUAAUCUAACCUGACAUUCUCAGUCAGCCAUGAAGAAAAAUAACUCUUCCUUCACACAGGAGGUGCGAGUUGAAAUCUGUGACAAUUUAAGAGCAUUGCUCUGAACAACCACGUUACAGAAAUAGUCUGUGUACUCUGGCAGGCUGGCACAUCAAGGAAAAGGCUCUCAUCUCUCUCCCACUAAUUGGCCACAGACAGAGGCAUAGCUGCCAUUACAUACCAUGGAUCAAACCAGGGAGCAGGGUAGUUUACUAUUUGCUCACAAAACAACAGUAAAUAGGGAGGCUCUCUGUGAAUUUUGUAUUGAAUGAAGUUGUGUUUUGUUGUUCUUCCUCAGCGGAUGGCAAGCGGUUGGCCUCGGUGGGGCUGGAUGACAAUCACACCAUUGUCCUUUGGGACUGGAGGAAGGGGGAGAAGCUCUCAGCCAUCAGGUUGGUACUGUACAGUAGCUGUUAUGGCAUCUCAGAUGAGCCAUUCAGAUCUCAGCAGCUGUCUCCUUGAUAGGCAGAGAGAGGUCAAAGGUCAAGAUAAGUCCUAGGGGUUGACGUGCUUUAGGAACACUGCACUCUUACUGAUGAAAAACAAGAACAGAUAAUGUUUUCUGUUUUCUCUGUGAGUUAGCUCAUGUUAUAUACACUACCAGUCAAAAGUUUGGACACACCUACUCAUUCAAGGGUUUUUCUUUAUUUUUACUAUUUCCUACAUUGUAGAAUAAUAGUGAAGACAUCAAAACUAUGAAAUAACACAUAUGGAAUCAUGUAGUAACCAAAGAAGUGUUAAACAAAUCCAAAUAUAUUUCAUAUUGUAAUGAAUACUCAGGGAGAAAAAGGUGUAGAUUCACGCGCAGAGCGCGGCAGUUGUUUAUUUUGCCUUCGCAGAAGGCAGGAAUUGUGGUCACAGGCAGGAAAUGGUCAUACACAGGUAGGCAAACAGGCAGGUGAAUCAAACCUAGGGCUGAAGGCGAUAACUGAUUCUCACAAACGAGCUAGGAAAAGGCUUAGUAGAGUCAAAACGAACAAUACCUCACAAGGCACAAACAGAAUGAACUGAACUAAAUAAGGAGCUGAUGAGACCAGGUGAGUAACUAACACAGGUGAAAUCCAUGAACAAAAAUGAAAGACAGGGCUACGUUCAAGAACACAAAGAAACAGGGCUACGUUCAAGAACACAAAGAAACAGGGCUACGUUCAAGUACACAAAGAAACAGAGCUACGUACAAGAACACAAGGUUAACUAAGAAAAUAAAUACCGAACCUUACACAUAUUUGAGAUUCUUCAAAUGAUAGCUUUGCACACUCUUGGCAUUCUCUCAACCAGCUUCACCUGGAAUGCUUAUCCAACAGUCUUGAAAGAGUUCCCACAUAUGCUGAGCACUUGUUGGCUGCUUUUCCUUCACUCUGCUGUCCGACUCAUCCCAAACCAUCUCAAUUGGGUUGAGGUCGGGGGAUUGUGGAGGCCAGGUCAUCUGAUGCAGCACUCCAUCACUCUCCUUCUUGGUCAAAUAGCCCUUACACAGCCUGGAGGUGUGUUGGGUCAUUGUCCUGUUGAAAAACAAAUGAUAGUCCCACUAAGCCCAAACCAGAUGGGAUGGCAUAUCGCUGCAGAAUGCUGUGGUAGCCAUGCUGGUUAAGUGUGCCUUGAAUUCUAAAUAAAUCACAGACAGUGUCACCAGCAAAGCACCCCCACACCAUAACACCUCCUCCUCCAUGCUUUACGGUUGGAACUACACAUGCAAAUCUCCAAUUUGGACUCCAUACCAAAGGACACAUUUCCACCAGUCUAAUGUCCAUUGCUCAUGUUUCUUGGCCCAAGCAGGUCUCUUCUUAUUAUUAGUGUCCUUUAGUAGUGGUUUCUUUAUAGCAAUUCGACCAUGAAGGCCUGAUUCACACAGUCCCCUCUGAACAGUUGAUGUUGAGAUGUGUCUGUGACAAACUCUGUGAAGUAUUUAUUUGGGCUGCAAUUUCGGAGGCUGGUAACUCUAAUGAACUUAUCCUCUGCAGCAGAGGUAACUCUGGGUCUUCCAUUCCUGUGGCGGUCCUCAUGAGAGCCAGUUUCAUCAUAGCGCUUGAUGGUUUUUGCGACUGCACUUGAAGAAACGUUCAACGUUCUUGAAAUGUUCCAGAUUGACUGACCUUCAUGUCUUAAAGUAAUGAUGGACUGUCUUUUGUCUUUGCUUAUUUGAAAUAUGGACUUGGUCUUUUACCAAAUAGGGCUAUCUUCUGUAUACCCCCCUACCUUGUCACAACACAACAGAUUGUCUCAAACGCAUUAAGAAAGAAAGAAAUUCCACAAAUUAACUUUCAAAAAGGCACACCUGUUAAUUGAAAUGCAUUCCAGGUGACUACCUCAUGAAGCUGGUUGAGAGAAUGCCAAGAGUGUGCAAAGCUGUCAUCAAGGCAAAGGGUGGCUAUUUGAAGUAUCUCAAAUAUAAAAUAUAUUUUGAUUUGUUUAACACUUUCUUGGUUACUACAUGAUUCCAUAUGUGUUAUUUCAUAGUUUUGAUGUCUUCACUAUUAUUCUACAAUGUAGAAAAUAGUCAAAUUAUAGAAAAAUCCUAGAAUGAGUAGGUGUGUCCAAACUUUUGACUGGUACUGUAUAUUGACCUCAUAAUACUAGUUUUGGUGCAGAUUUAGUUUGGUAGUAUUCAUGUAAAUGUGAGGUCUUUGUCGACAGGCUAUAACCUGGUCAGUAGUCCCUGCAGGAUAAAUUAGUCAUCCAGCCCCACUGAUUCACAGAUACGUGUCCAGUCAUGCAAUGUCCAGCAUCGCAACCAUCCCUUAGCCAUUGUACAGUACAGGCUCCAGAGCCGAGAGAAUAACAACAAGUCCAUCAAUGCUCUCGAUCUAAACCUUCCCUUUAAUUCUCUAGACAGCUUGAGCACCUCCACUUUAAAUGUGGACAUUUAUAUAUGAGGGCCCCAUUUAAAAAGCUGCACUGUCCUGGGUUCACAGAUUGAUUGAUGAAGAGAGGAGGGAGGGGAAUCACCCUGCAGACUCUUAAAGCUGUUCCUUUCGAAAUAGAGAACACUUGGUCCUGCCAACUCACAGCUGAAUGAUUAAAGUGUAGGUCUGGUGCAGAUCUCUGGCCCAUCCAUCUUAACCUGGGUUCAGACUGCAUUCACUGUGGGGGCUAAUCUCAAAUUGAAAGUGGCCGUUUAAAAAAAUUUAAUUAUGUAAAAUCGAAAUGGAAAUUCAGACUAGCAAAUAUCCAAUAUCCAGGACUGUAAACAUAGUCAUCUAGCAUCUACACUACCGGUCAAAAGUUUUAGAACACCUACUCAUUCAAGGGUUUUUCUUUAUUUUUACUAUUUUCUACAUUGUAGAAUAAUAGUGAAGACAUCAAAACUAUGAAAUAACACAUAUGGAAUCAUGUAGUAACCAAAAAAGUGUUAAACAAAUCAAAAUAUAUUUUAUAUUUACGAUUCUUCAAAUAGCCACCCUUUGUCUUGAUAAUAGCUUUGCACACUCUUGGCAUUCUCUCAACCAGCUUCAUGAGGUAGUCACCUGGAAUGCAUUUCAAUUAACAGGUGUGCCUUCUUCAAAGUUAAUUUGUGGAAUUUCUUUCCUUCUUAAUGCGUUUGAGCCAAUCAGUUGUGUUGUGACAAGGUAGGGGGGGGUAUACAGAAGAUAGCCCUAUUUGGUAAAAGACCAGGUCCAUAUUAUGGCAAGAACAACUCAAAUAAGCAAAGAAAAACGACAGUCCAUCAUUACUUUAAGACAUGAAGGUCAGUCAAUAUGGAAUAUUUCAAGACCUUUGAACGUUUCUUCAAGUGCAGUCGCAAAAACAAUCAAGCGCUAUGAUGAAACUGGUUCUCAUGAGGACCGCCACAGGAAUGGAAGAACCAGAUUUAGUUAAUUAGAGUUACAGCCUCAGAAAUUGCAGCCCAAAUAACUGCUUCACAGAGUUCAAGUAACAGAUACAUCUCAACAUCAACUGUUCAGAGGAGACUGUGUGAAUCAGGCCGUCAUGGUCGAAUUGCUGCAAAGAAAACACUACUAAAGGACACGAAUAAGAAGAAGGGACUUGCUUGGGCCAAGAAACACAAGCAAUGGACAUUAGACCAGUGGAAAUCUGUCCUUUGGUCUGAUGAGUCCAAAUUUGAGAUUUUUGGUUCCAACCGCUGUGCCUUUGUGAGACGCGGUGUGGGUGAACGGAUGAUCUCCGCAUGUGUAUUUCCCACCGUAAAACAUGGAGGAGGAGGUGUUAUGGUGUGGGGGUGCUUUGCUGGUGACACUGUCUGUGAUUUAUUUAGAAUUCAAGGCACACUUAACCAGCAUGGCUACCACAGCAUUCUGCAGCGAUACGCCAUCCCAUCUGGUUUGGGUUUAGCGGGACUAUAAUUUGUUUUUGAUUUGUUUAACACUUUUUUGGUUACUACAUGAUUACAUAUGUGUCAUUUCAUCAUUUUGAUGUCUUCACUAUUAUUCUACAAUGUAGAAAAUAGUAAAAAUAAAGAAAAACCCUUGAAUGAGUAGGUGUUCUAAAACUUUGACCGGUAGUGUAUAUGGACACCCCCAUUUCUCCCAGUCUUUGCUGGUCUUGUUCCUCAAUGGUUUUGCACUUGAUAUUCAUAGUGGUAAUAUAGGCCAUUGGAAUUCCAUCAGGCUAGUUAGAGCAGUAGAGGACUGCUCCUCUUCCUGCCUGCGUGCUGUAGCUGUUGUGUACUGUGCUUCCGUGGCAGCUCAGAGACAGCUUGGAGCUGCACUAAUCUCCUUUGCAGGCCCUGGUGGAUAGUGCAGUGAGGCGGGCAGAGGGAAAUGGGGCCUGACAGAGCCUGCCUUGUGCACUGCCUAGUCCUCAGCUGGGACAGGAGUAUGGUGAGGGGGAGAGAUAGAGUAGAGGGAGAGGGGGCAGGAGAGAAAGAGGGAGAGAGGUGGGGGAGGAUGAGCGAUGAGAAGGGGAGGAAAAAGAGAUAGGGUGAGGAAGAGAGAGGGAUGGAAGUGAGAGAAAGUGAGUGAGAGCUUGAAAGGGAUCGAGAGAUGAAGUAGGUGUCAGUACAGCUCUGGCCUCAGUGAGUGCAAUGCAGUGAUGCAGCAGCACAAAGGCCAGUGAUUAGGGAGCCAUCCCAGAGUGUGCACUACGCUCCAUUGGAUUAGACAGGAAAGGACACUGAUCCUUAUUGUUCAUAUGUGAAGUGAUCAAGAGCCCUUAGGGAGGGAGGUAGUCUAACUAUGCAGAUGCACUGGGUGUGAUCUUAUUCCCCGUAUACUAACUGUCUUCUAAGUUUAUUCCUUUUCUAUUUCAGAUCCAUUGUAUUUUUGUACAAUGGAAUUAAUGCAAGUUUGUCAUAAUUUUUCAGGGGAAGCAAGGAUAAGAUUUUUGUCAUCAAAAUGAAUCCAUACUGUCCUGACAAGCUUGUCACAGCAGGGAUAAAGCAUAUGAAGUUCUGGCAUAAAGCAGGUAAGAGACCCCAAAGUCAGACAAGAGAGUUGACUCAGCAGUGUCUCAAGGAAUGGUGUGAUGUGUUGUCAUGCGAGUUAAUGACACAACCUCUCUUUCAGGUGGUGGUCUGAUUGGGCGUAAGGGCAACAUGGGGAAGACCGAGACGAUGAUGUGUGCUGUGUAUGGCUGGACAGAGGAGAUGGUGUUCUCAGGGACGUGCACAGGAGACAUCUGUAUAUGGAGAGACAUGUUCCUGGUGAAGACAGUCAAAGCCCAUGAUGGCCCAGUUUUCAGUAUGCACGCCCUGGAGAAGGUACUGGAAGGGAAGGGGUUAACACACUGGCCAUUUGAAAUGUGAAAUAGAGACGCUCUCUCUGUCUCUGUGUCCAUCUCUUUCUUCCUCUCUCGCUCUCUCUGUUUCUCUCUUUGUUUGUGCCAUUAUGGUGUAAUAUUGUCAAUUAAUAGAGUACUAGGAUUGUAUUAUUUCAGAUGUCAGUUUUAUACAAUGAUGCUAUGUGAGUGAUUAAAGAAGAGAGGUUCUAAUCUAUCUCCUGUUGUCUCGUAAUGUCCCACUCUGGAGGGAUUUGUGACCGGAGGGAAGGACGGCAUAGUGGCUCUGUGGGACAACACCUUUGAGAGAUGCCUCAAGACGUACGCCAUCAAGAGAGCAGUCCUUGCUCCAGGCUCCAAAGGUAAAAAGGUCACCUUUCUCUCAUACCGCCACCGUGGAGCCAAUCACAUUACAUACUGGGCUCAUAGCUCCAACGCCAAUGGAAUCAGUCAGUGGAAAUCCAUUUAAACACUCAAUCCAUUUAGCUUUAAUGAAGAUUGCUUCCUCUGCCCCUGGUUAAAGUGAAGGUCUUUGACGUUAUCCUAUAAUUCACUGUAUAGGGUUGCUGUUGGAGGACAACCCUUCCAUACGUGCCAUAUCUCUUGGUCAUGGUCAUAUACUGGUGGGGACAAAGAAUGGCGAGAUUCUGGAGGUGGAUAAGAGUGGACCUAUCACCUUGCUGGUCCAGGUGAGUGGUUACAUUGAGUUACAUACAGUGUCAUUAUAAAGUCAACUGUCUGUCACAAAUGUCACAAUGACCAGCACACAUGACAUGCGCCAGCUGUGACUCCGGCAAGCAGGGAUGUGGCAGCCAGGUUUUUGCAGCUUGGUUAUGUGGGAGCCAAUGAGGUGUCAGUAAUGAAGGGGUCAGCUGGGGGCACAUUAUUUUGUGGUUUAAGGCCUGCAAUUGUACUAACAGACUGGCAGUGAGGGGAACUGUCCCGUCACUUUGGAAACUAUUGUAAAACUACGUUAUACUGUACAGUACCUGGAAUAAUGUUGCAGAAAAAUUUAGGCAGCUGUUUAUAAGACUGAUAAAUGAGCACUGCAGACUUUUUUUGUAAAUUCAUUUUGCAAAGAGAAGUGCUUCUACUAUCUCCACAGGCCUCCUUUGACCCAUAGGAAACCCAGAGCUAAUGUUACCCAUUUCCUUGUUAAAUGCUCUAGAGCAAAUGAGCAAUUUCUUAUGGGUGAAGCCGAGCAACAGAAGCUAUGACUCCUUGGCUCCACCAUUGAUUUUCAUUAUGCACUUAAUAAUUCUAACAACAAAUCUGUGGAUGUGUGCUUGCCAAAUACAAGGCUGUGCUAGACAUGUAUUUAUUUAACUAAGUAUAUGAAAUAUUUUAUGUAGGGGUCAGAAGAUGGUUCCUUACCCAUCUCUCUCUUACCUUAAUUAGGUUGAAUUGAGCUGCACUGAAUUGAAUGGUAUUGUCUAUUUGAUGGGUCCACAGGGUCACAUGGAGGGUGAGGUGUGGGGCCUGGCCACUCAUCCCUUUCUCCCUCUCUGUGCCACUGUCAGCGAUGACAAAACCCUGCGCAUAUGGGACCUGUCCCCCAGCCACUGUAUGCUGGCUGUACGCAAGCUCAAGAAAGGUGAGUCACUCAACCCUCAAAAUAGAGAAGUCUAUGCUACAUUCAUUCACCUCCUUCCUUUCUUUCUGUGGUGCGUUCGUACAGUCAUUAGGUGCAUUGGUACUAACUGACCUCCUCCAUAGGCGGGCGCUGCUGCUGCUUCUCCCCUGAGGGCAAGGCCCUGGCGGUAGGCCUGAAUGACGGCAGCUUCCUCAUCGUCAAUGCAGACACCCUGGAGGACCUAGUGUCCUUCCACCACCGCAAGGACAUCAUCUCAGACAUACGCUUCUCACCAGGUCAGACGCUCUCCUCCCUCCAUCUCUCCCUCCCUACAAACCCCCUCCAGCUGAGACGUGGCCAGGUAUUCUUAUUUUCCCCCUGCUGUGAGGAGAAGAGGUAUUGCUCCAGGCUUGACCCAAAUACACCACUGUAAGUUACAAGGCAGGCAGGGAGAGACAAAGUCUGUCUGAGUGGGAAGAGAGUAGUGGGGGAGGAUAAAGUGAGAGCUAGAAACUAAACUCUAUCCAGUUUCCCAACACAUCACCGAUAGUGCUUCUAACUGCCUCCCUAUACUAUAUACUGUAGAUGUCUGCACUCCUAAAUACUCUUCAAUGGGUUUGCAGAUAGUUGUUUUUUUGUUAUAAAGAAUUGUGACUACCUACUGUAGAUAUGGAGUACUGUGUUGUUAUCUUGGCUGCUGAUCAGAAGGUCUGUCAGUCCUGUGAAACAGAUGAGGAAACCCUUUUGAAACAUGGCUGUUGUGUUUAUUCAGGUGCAGGGAAGUACCUGGCGGUGGCGUCAGGUGACAGCUUUGUGGACAUCUAUAAUGUGAUGAGCAGCAAGAGGGUGGGGGUGUGCAAGGGGUCCCAAAUCUACAUCACCCAUCUGGACUGGGACAAGAGAGGUAAACAUGUUGGUUUAACAACUACACUGAUUGUGGCAGUGACCUUUGCAACUGACAGUGGACUUGGACUAAUGCCAUUGUAUUUCAGGCUAUUCCCACUGUUGGCUCAUUUACAAUGUGAUGAAAUCCAUUUUAAACCCCUGGGUAAAGGAAUAGUUAUUUUGUGUUAUUCCAAGUAUAAAACUGAAUGAUAAUGCUACUAUAAAGCACAAAAGUGUUUAAUUUGUAAUCUGAUAAAAUUUUAACUGUGUUCUCUCAUUCACAGGAAAACUACUGCAAGUGAACACUGGUGCUAAAGAGCAGUUAUUUUUUGAAGCUCCACGUGGGAAAAAGCAGACCAUUCCUGCUACCGAGGUAAGCACAGCACAGACACUUCUGCCAUGGCCCAGGGCGUUGUGGUGGCUAUAGCGGGGCUGGCCUACUUUUUCCCCCCGGGAUGUCACAGGACGGCAUGGGAAGGGCAUUCAAGCAUUAACACGGCCCACUUUUCUCCAGCAUCUUUCUAAUUCUGGCAAUUGAAAUGGGAUAGUGUUUUUAGGGCCUUAUACUGUGUGAGAUUCAGACACCUUGUGAGACACAGAGAGUGGAGGGCACUAAGGAGAUAGGGGUUAGAGAUGAUAGAUGCUGUCAGGCUGGUGCCGUGUCAAAUCUCAUAGGAACCACUAGUCCUCCUCUCCUCCCUCCUUCCCUCCUCCCACUUCUCCUCUCUCCCUUCCCCUCUCCUCUCUCCUCCUCCUCUCCUUCAGGUGGAGAAGAUAGACUGGAGCACAUGGACCUGUGUGCUCGGGACGUCCUGUGAGGGGAUCUGGCCUGUGGUCCGUGAGGUUACCGAGGUGACCGCUGCUUGCCUUAGCAACGACAGAAAGGUGCUAGCAACGGGGGAUGAUCUGGGAUACGUCAAGCUAUUCAGGUAUCCUGUCAAGGUAAGACACUGAUAUUCAUAUUUUAUUAUAAUAUAAUAAAUAUUAUAUAUUAAUGUCCUCUUGCCCUUACUGGAAAGUAAACCCUACCUCUUCAAAGAGUAUCUUAAAUAAUCCCACAGAACCCCAGCCCCCCCACCCCACCCAUCUAAAAAAGUAUUUACAAAAAAAUAGUUUGCCUUUGGUGAACUAACACUCCCUCUUGAAUGUUUCCUACUAGCACUGACUUUGUUGAUAGUUACUUUAUUGAGGAAAAAUGUACUUACUAUGACUGAGAUAUUGUAUGUGGUUGUCCCACCUAGCUGUUUUAAGAUGUUUGCACUAACUGUAGUUUAUUCUGGAUAAGAGCGUCUGCUAAAUGACUAAAAUGUUUAAAAAAUGAAACAUUUACACUAAUGUUAUGUUAAUUCUAUGCUAAUGUUAAAACAAUGUUGUUUUAAGUUAAUGCUACUUCUGCCCACAGGGAAAGUAUGCAAAGUUCAAGCGCUAUGUGGCCCAUAGCACCCAUGUGACUAACGUGCGUUGGACGCAUGACAACGGUCUCCUGGUGACGGUCGGCGGGGGUGACACGUGCCUCAUGAUCUGGACCCACGAGGCAGAGGGGCACCGGGAGGCCAGACAUUGUGACAGCGAAGAGUCGGACAUCGAGAGCGAGGAUGAUGGGGGUGAGAAAUAUACCCCAAACCAAACCUGGGGCUUCAGUCUGAAGUCAACAUAGAGUCAUUUUCUACUGAUAUAGAUAGCCUCCCUCUAAUAUGUAAUUCUAUGGAGCCUCCCAUAGAUGGUAAAAAGGCUGUGUUCUGAUCUAGUAUCUUGACAUUUUCUGUCAUUGGCCAGGUUAUGAUAGUGAUGUGACGAGGGAGAAUGAGAUCAACUACACCAUCAAGGCCUUAUCCACCAACGUGCGACCCAUGACUGGGGUCAAACCCCACCUGCAGCUGAAGGAGCCGUCUGUGGACGAGAGGUAACAAACCACAGCACUGUGGAGAGAUACCCAAGGGUUCAAAUCUCUUUUUCUUUUCUUUUUCUUUUGAACUUUCUUUAUUGGACACAUGAUGGACACAUCUUGAACAGUCAAAAUACUUUGAGCCAAUCAGUUUAAACUGAAACGAGGUGUAGUGAAAGCACAGCCAACUGGACACUCAUAAUGAAUGUGUCAAAGUGAGACCAAACGGUCCACCAAUCCAAUUUGUGUAAAUUCAAAUUUCCUCAAUCACGUUUAUUUUUUGCCUUUACGUGCAUUCAUACUGCCCCUUUGAGGAUAACCUCACCUCUCUCUUCUCUCUUCAAUGUCUGUCCAUCUGUCUCUGUCUGUCCUGCUCUCCUCUUUGAUUCUACUUGAAGGCAGGGGGUAGUCAGGUAAGAGACUUUACACAAGACAUCACCAUUACUUUAGGGAAAAGUACCUGUUGCUAGGCAUAAUAUGCUAUAAACCCUGAGUUACAGUAUCUUAUCUCAAUAUCAGAUAUCUCAAAUCUCAAUUGAUAAAGGAUGUUAAUAUAUGGUAUUUCACAGAAACUAUUGUCCAAAUAAGCCGUACAUAAGGUCUUUAUCUGGGAUUUGGAAAUGUUUUUGGUUUCAGGCUAUAAUAAAAAUAAUGUCUGCUUCAGUCUAUGGUUUGACAACCCAUGCAGCAUCUGUGGGUGCCGGUUAGUGGUUGUCAUAGAGAUGCUGAAGGUGCUGGUUGGUAUGGAUACUCCGUGGCGCUGAAUAUGGUGUAUUUUAUGUCCUCAGUGGCUGCAGUGUCAGUGUUGUGUUACGCUGCUGUGUCGGUGGGGCAGCUGUGAACGCUGUGCUGUCAAAACCCUUGUUCUAAUGUUCUCUUUCUCUUUGUUAUUGCUGCCAUGGAAGAGGGUCAAGGUAAGACACAUAUCUUUGACACAGAUCUUUGACUUGAGAAAGAUUGGUCGAUGGGGUCAUACACAGCAGCUGUUCUUAUUCUGUUUCAGACCUCCUGUAAGCAGGGCACUGCCACAGCCUGAGAAGCUGCAGACCAACAACGUGGGCAAGAAGAAAAGGACCAUCGAGGUGAGACUGGUGUUACCUCAGGACAAAUACACACAUCCAAAUAAUGUUUUAUGGAUGUUGGCUAUUGCAACCAACAUAAGCCCACCUAUCUCAUCAAAUAAGAUUUUUACAUUAGCAUUUGUCAUUCAGCAAAUGGGUUGGUCAUUGUUUUGGUAAUGCAAUCAUUUAGAUUGUGUUCUGCUUUGUCCACUCCAGACCUCCUCUUUAGGGACCAUGAUUUAACCAUAAUUACAUCUUGAGGAAGUACAUGUUGUGCUGUCCUGUCGUUCCUGACACUGACAAAAAAUGAAGUUGUCUCGUCUCUCUGUAGCUAUGGGGAUUACCUUUGACCCUGGCCCUUUCAUGACUCUCCGACAGGACCUGGUGCUGGAUUUGGUUUUUGGUUACCGUGGCAAUGACUGCCGCAACAACGUCCACUACCUGAAUGAGGGGGCGGAUAUCAUCUACCACACAGCUUCUGUCGGCAUCGUCCUCAACCUAACCACAGGUGGGCGGGGUUGGAGUAGAGAAGGGAUGUCAGAGUUGUGUUAAUCUGAACAGAGUUUUACAGUACUGUUGAAUGAGUCUUAAUGCUGUUCUUUGAGAUCCUAAAUAUGUCCUUUAAUGUUCUUACGAGAACUGUCAAUUUAUAUAUAUAUUUGUGUGUGUGUGUGUGUGUGUGUGUGUGUGUGUGUGUGUGUGUGUGUGUGUGUGUGGUUGCAUGUGCCUGCGUCUGUGUGUGUGUUUCCUUGCAGCCUGCCAAAGCUUCUAUAUAGAACAUAGUGAUGACAUUCUGUGCCUGACUAUCAAUCAACACCCCAAAUUCCCCAACGUGGUGGCAACUGGCCAAGUAGGUAUGUUUGUGAGAGGUUGACCUCAUGUUUUUUCCCCUCUGUGUUGUUACUGUGUGUUCUGCUGGGGGAUUACUGUACUCCCCUCCCCCUCGCUUAUCUGUGCUCUGAAACAGCUAACCUGUAUAAUCGAAAUAUCCACACGGUUGAAUAAAAGAAUAAUUGUCACGCAUGCUCUGUGCCUCACAAUCCCCAGAAACCUAUCAAACACACAUGCUCUGAAAACAGCUGUUAUUUGUCUCUAAAGAGAGAAUGAAAAGCUGCAUGUGGUAGCUCCUUUAUGAGGAAAACUACUACAAUACAGUAUGCUGACAAUAAUCGUAUUAACACUUGGACUGUGUAAAAUAGUGUCAUAGAGUUGUAGUGGUGCCUGUGAUCUUAGUAGUAUUUUUUUAUGUUUUCAUUUUUUCCUUACAGGUGAUACUGGUGAUAUGUCAGGUAAGAACUUUGCCAUUUCAAUAGUUUUGGUUUUUCCCAGAUAGCAGAGAAUGUUAUUCUGAGUGAGAGUGUUUCAAUACACUAAAGGAAAACUAUAAUUUUGAAAUGAUCCCUGAAGAUGUAUUUCUUAUGGUAGAUUGAGAAUAUAUCUCCUUUACAUUUUAGUCAUUUAGCAGACGCUCUUAUCCUUCAUAGAGAGCAUGGUUUAAUUGAUUAACAGCUAUCCAAAUACCUUCUACUACAGGGAUCAUCAACUAGAUUCAGCCGCGGGGCGAUUUUUUUAUUGAGCGGAUGGUCGGGGGGCCGGAACAUAAUUACCAAUAAUUUGUAGACUGCAAUUUGACCGCACGAAUCCCAAACAGAUGUAAUAUUUGACAAAAACAUGAUCAUUUCAAACCUUGCUUGCAUUUGUAUACGAUCACGUGUCUCUCUAUUAAGCAUGGGCAUACUAAGGAACAGAUUAAAACAAUUCAAAUAACUGGUGUCUUUACAGUCUUUUAUGUCCAACAAUGAUAUUUUGUUUUUUAUUGUUAAGAACAUUUGGGGGGCCAAAUAAAACCAAAGUGUUUCAAUACACUAAAGGAAAAAUAUAAUUUUGAAAUGAUCCCUGAAGAUGUAUUUCUUAUGGUAGAUUGAGAAUAUCCUUAUCUCCUUUAUAGAGAGUGGUUUAAUUGAUUAACAGCUAUCCAGAUACCAGUUGGGGAACCCUGUUCUACUACAUCCACAAUGUUGAUACACUGCCACCUAGUGGGUUAUAUGGGAAGGGCAAGUGUGCACCUCACACAAACUUGCUUGCUUUGGUUUGAAGCCUUUGCAGCUCUUGUUUGACCCCCACUUACAUUAGUAGGCUACUUUAUUCAAGACACGUUUUUAUAUGAAUGCACCAUUGAUAUUUAAUAUCCCUGAUCAACUAUUUUAGAAUAAAAAAGUCACAUAAUCAUUUGUGGAUUUAGUUUGGACCAAAAGUUUCUGUCCUCUUCUCAGCCAGCAUACAUGAAGCUUGAAUCUACAAUUCUCUUGUUCCCUCCUUCAGCCACGUCGCCCUCCAUUCAUGUGUGGGACGCCAUGAACAAGCAGACGCUGUCUGUCCUGCGCUGUUUCCACUCCCGGGGCGUCUGCUCGGUUAGCUUCAGUGCCACUGGGAAGCUGCUGCUCUCUGUGGGUCUGGACCCAGAACACACCAUCACCAUCUGGAAGUGGCAAGAAGGUAAACACCUAACACCAACUCAAUACAGGCUAUUCACCUCAUCACGGUGCACCUGUUAGUGCCCAGCUGGAACGAAUACAGGUAGAUAUAUCACCUACAGAGCUUGUAAUAAUAAAUCAUUCUUCUCAAGGUGUCAACGUGGCCAGCCGGUCAGGUCACAUUCAGCGGAUCUUUGUGGCGGAGUUCCGUCCAGACUCGGACACCCAGUUUGUGUCUGUGGGUAUCAAGCAUGUGAGGUUCUGGACGCUGGCGGGCCGGGCUCUGCUCAGUAAAAAGGGCGUGAUGAGUACCAUAGAGGACGCCCGCAUGCAGACCAUGCUCUCUGUGGCAUUUGGGGCUGUAAGUCCAUUCCCCACUCUCUAUUGCCAUAUGAUACCCAAUUGGACAAUACAGUUACUGCAUGUGCAAUUUCCCUAUGGAAUAUGUAUAAUCAGCAUUAACAUUUGACAUUCUGCUUAUUGUUAAGACAUACUAUAUUUAUUUCAUUUAUUUCCUAAUGACUUGAAUUCAUGUUGAAAACAUUUUAAUAUAACCUACCUUUCAUUUCAAAGGCAUGACAAUGGUGUGCAGUAUGACACAUAUAUGAUAUAUGUAGUAAUAAUUACAUGCAUAUAAAAGCCUAUUGAAUAUACUUGGCUAUGGUUAACAAUGAUAAUACGGAUCAAAAUGGAUAACAUGCAAUGUCAUUGAUUCUUGUACUGCUUGACUGUCUGUGCAAUUCUCCUCUGCUCUUUUAGAUCACUAGAUUAGUGUUGUUUUUUUUUUUUUCAGAAUAACUUGACAUUUACAGGUACCAUUAGUGGGGAUGUGUGUGUGUGGAAGGAUCACAUUCUAGUGAGAGUAGUGGCUAAGGCCCACACAGGGCCUGUAUUCACCAUGUACACCACACUAAGAGAUGGCCUCAUCGUUACUGGAGGCAAGGAAAGACCGUGAGUACUGCUCCUCUCCUCACUGUACCAGCUACCACUACUGUUAGCCCUCUGAUCUCAAUAAACUGACUUGGAUUAAUUAAUCUACGUCUGCUAUUUAAUGAGUUUUCUUAAAUAAAUACAUUUAGGAAUGAGAGUAUGAAACCUGAAUGGAAACUCCGAUUUCGGUAUGCAGUAGUCACAACAGUGUUGUGUUUGGUGCCCCCUAUAGGUCCAAGGAAGGAGGUGCUCUGAAGCUGUGGGACCAGGAGCUGAAGCGCUGCAGAGCCUUCCGCCUGGAGACGGGACAGAUCAUAGACUGUGUGCGCUCCGUAUGCAGAGGAAAGGUAAGGCUCUCCACCAUCCACUGGGAAUAAAGAAUAGUGUAAUGGGCCAUGCUUUGGUUAAGGAUCAAGUCCACAUCUGGAUUUUUCAUCCACAUUUCCCUUGUUGCUGUUGUAGGGUAAAAUCCUGGUAGGAACGCGGAACGCUGAGAUAAUUGAGGUGGGGGAGAAGAACGCAGCGUGCAACAUCCUGGUGAACGGCCACAUGGAUGGACCGAUCUGGGGUGUGGGCACCCAUCCCACUCGGGAUGUGUUCCUGUCUGCUGCAGAGGAUGGCACUGUGAGGCUGUGGGACAUCCCAGAGAAGGUCAGGAGCCUCUCAGUGUGUCCUGUUAGCUUUUUGAUGGAAUCUUUCUUACAGAUGUAUUGUACUUGAUUCUACUGAUGUGUUGUAAGUGAGGCACUAUAAGAACCUUGUGUGUUGACUUUCUCUGUGUUUAAUCUUUUUGGGGGAAACAGAAGAUGCUAAACAAGGUGAACCUGGGCCACCCAGCGCGUGCGGUGGCCUACAGCCCUGAGGGGGACAUGGUGGCCAUCGGCAUGAAGAACGGAGAGUUCAUUAUCCUGCUGGUCACCUCACUCAAGAUCUGGGGCAAGAAGAGGGACCGCCGCUCCCCCAUCCAAGAUAUCAGGUGGGGGAAUCCCUCAAAAUCACUCAGUGCUUAUUAUGGUGGAAAGCCAUCCCAAGUGUACUGAGUAUUCUUCUCUGUGUUGUAACAAAUAUCAGAGGACACAUUUUGAAAUUAACAUCUUUCUUCCUCAGGUUCAGUCCAGAUUCACGUUACUUGGCAGUGGGCUCCAGUGAGAAUGCGGUUGACUUCUACGAUCUAACGCUUGGACCACAACUCAACCGCAUUAACUGCUGCAGGGACAUCCCCAGCUUUGUCAUGCAGAUGGACUUCUCUGCAGACAGCUGCUAUGUUCAGGUAGACACAAGAUCUGUGUGUCUAUGAUUGUUUGUGUAAAUGCAUACUAACCCUCCAAUAUGAAACUCACAAUAUUCAGACUGUAUUAUUAUUUGCUAUUACCCAAACAGAUAUCUACUGGUGCUUACAAGCGGCUGGUGUAUGAGGUGCCAUCUGGAAAGCAGGUCAUAGAGCAGUCAGUCAUAGACAGGAUAACCUGGGCCACAUGGACAAGGUGAGUGUGUGUUAUGUUAGGGCCAUAGUAAUCACACUACUGACAUGGCCAUAUGAAAUAAUCCAUACUGAGGACACAGGGGUUACACCCUGGCAUCCGUCCUGGAAACCAAUAAGUGGUCAAGGAGAGUGUGAAUUUGUCAGUAGGCGAACGGAAGAGGGUGUUCUCCUCCUCGAUAGCCACCUUUCAUCGAGGAUAGUCAUGUGUACCUGAGUCCUACCUGAGUCCUUCGCAGAAGAGUUUUGAUAUCUGCCACACCCCCUUUAAAGCAGUUGUUUUCUCGAAGGAGAAAAGCAUGCAACGUUUAAAAACGAUAUGCUGCUUAUUCUUAUCUAUAAAAUGUCUCGCUUUACACAGUUAAACGUCAUUUGCCUGUUGAUGUGUGAGUGGAGAGGAGAGUCUUAUUUAAUACAAGCACAUUUUCGUCCACGUUCCUUCUCCUCGACGCCUCUCCUCGAUUACCUUUGACCUUUUUCAAAAGGAGGCGAGAGAGGACGGAGGAGAGAGGACGCAGGAGUUGAGCAAAUCCAAUUGAGAAAAGGCCCGUCAAAGCACCACAUGAUCAUUGGAGUUACUUCCUGUCUAACAUGUGAUGUUUCACUGUCUGGCCAGUGUCCUGGGGGACGAGGUUGUGGGGAUCUGGUCCCGUAACACUGACAAAGCAGACGUCACCUGUGCCUGUGUGUCCCACUCUGGCCUGAACAUUGUCACAGGCGAUGACUUUGGAAUGGUAAAGCUGUUUGACUUUCCAUGUCCAGAAAAGUUUGUAAGUAUAAUCUGUGUUCUAUGAUGCUGAUUUAUGUCUCUGUGUAAAUAUUGAAUUCUGGUUAAAUUGUACCUUAUCAUUCCAAGAUGGCAGAAAUGUAUACAUUUACAAUUAUAGAAUAGUGAGUUAUAUUUAUUUAUUUACGUCACUUACACUUACAUUUAUACUUUACAUUUGUUAUAACUGCUAAUACUUGUUGAAUCGAUUACUCAUCAAUUGUAUCAUAUUGCACAGUAGUCUACAUAUUCACUUUGACUUAAAAUAGUACUUAUUUAUUUUGCUGGUGAACUUCCACUAAUGUGAUUCGGGCUUAUGUUCGUGGUUUCAAUGUGUACCAUUCAUGUGUCUCUGUGAUGUUAGUGUGCCUGUGAUUGACCAGGAUGACAUAAUAACAGUGCCACCUAACCUAUGCAUCUAUUCUAAAUUCAGUCUAAAUUCAGCUCAGCUACUGGUGUUUUGGGGUAGCCAUUUUGCUAACACACUUCUUGUUCCCUGCAGGCCAAACAUAAACGCUUUCUGGGCCACUCAGCCCACUUGACUAAUAUUCGCUUCACAAGUGGGGAUCGCUUCGUCAUUAGUGCUGGUGGGGACGAUAGAAGGUAGAACUCCAGUCUCUAUUAGUGAAAUAUUCCCCUGAAAGUCUCAAUUUACAACAUUGUCAUUAGGGGUGUUUUUGGUUCAUUGCAGCAAUUGACAAUUAAAUCAAAAUUGCAAUGGUGUAUGAAAUACUGUAGCUUGGUAUUAGACUGCUGUCUGACUGUUACAGUAAUAAGUGUGUUUUGCGUCUUCCUUUUCUGUGUCCUCUGCAGCCUGUUUGUCUGGAGGUGCGUCCAUGCCCCUCACUGAGAUACACACCUGGAGUGACACAUCAUCCAUCCACCACUGAGUCCACUCCAGGGGGCUGCAUGGGCUUUUCCCAGCAUGGCUAUUCAGUGAGAAGAACCUGUUCCGCUGUGGGGAAAGCAUGUCAAAAUGGACAACACACCUGGCAGCUAGUAAACAUGACUCACUGCCUCAACACUAUGACUCACUGCCUCAACACCAUGACUCACUGCCUCAACACUAUGACUCACUGCCUCAACACUAGGUGCAAGCAUCUGCGUGAGCCUAAUUUUCACUCAUUUUCAUAAGCCCUGAGGUAGAGGGCAUUGAGUCACUACCGUUGCAAAUAUCUCUCCAAAACAUCACAUCACAGUUGUAA